UUUUCAACUAUAACGGGAAUGACAUUCUGGCGGGAAAUUGUUUAUCUCCCCUUUUGUCCUUAUUUUUACCCUGAUAAACCUUCAGGUAAAUAAUACCAAAAUGACUCAUAUAUACAAUAUGGAUCCUUGACUUAACCAACAAAGCAUAACAGUACUGUAGACUACUACUAUAUUUGGUAUCAAAAGGUAUUGUUUUACUGAAUGUAAUAACUAAAUAUAGAUAUGACCUAAAUUCACCAAACAGAAAAUAGAACCACGUCUUAGGAGUUUCUUACUUGUGGAGAGUUAAUUUUCUACUGAUCUGUUAAGUUUUGGAAAUCUGAGGAAGAAAGAAAACCAUGACUGCCAAGAUCACAAGAAGUUCUCCAUUGUUAUACAAAUUAGAAGUUACCCUUCCAGAUGAUGAGGCUCAGAUCUUUAAAGCAGUCCACCUUGAUGAUAUUCCUAUGUUAAGGAAUCAGAUAAAACUUGGUGUUGACAUAAAUAGUAUACAUACAGGUUCAGAAUGUAUGAUAAAAUCCCGGCAGUUAUCUCGACAUAUACGUUUGACAGGAUAUAGUCCCUUAAUAAAGGCAGUGAUAUUCAGUCAAACUGAGACAGUAGAGUGGUUAGUUGAUAAUGGUGCAUUAGUAAAUAUUCGAGAAGGUACUCAACGUACACCACUUCAUUUGGCAGUGGCUACAGAUAGAGCUGAUGUUGUUCAGUAUUUAAUUUCAAAAGGUGCUGAAUUGAAUUGUCAGACAAAAAGUUUAAGAACUCCUUUACUUGAAGCUGUUGAUGUCAAUAGUCCCCUAAUUAGUGAUAUGUUAAUUAAAGGAGGAGCAGACCUUGACCUUGGGGAUAUAAAAGGAACAACACCAUUAUUAGAUGCUGCAUUUCAAAUCUUAAAACCACAUCGGCAAAAACAUUUGAAUAUGGAAGUGAUAGAUUUACUUAUAAAAGGAGGGUGUGCUGUCAACAAGGCCAAUAAUUUACAUGCUUCACCUUUAAUGAUGGCUGUUGGCAGUAAAUCACAAACAGUGGUAGAAGUAUUGUUAAAUGCUGGAGCUGACAUUAAUCAUGUUGAUAACAAGAAAAGAACAGCCUUCCAUUUGAUUACAGAACAUGACAAGAUGACUAACUUAGCAUUACAGUUGUUACAAGCAGGAGCUGAUUUGAAUACUAAAGACUCUAAUGGCAAGACACCAAUAGAGAAAGUUGUGAAAUUUGGAAAAUUUGAAAUGAUCAAGUUUUUGUUACAUGCUGAUUGUCAGUACGACAAGGAACUAAUGACCUCUGACAGAAUGAAAUAUUUAUGUGAACUUGUGCCAGUGUUUGGGAAGUGGGUCAGUCAUGAACUUGGAACAGUUAAAUCAUUACAAAGAUUGUGUAGACAGACCAUAAGGAACAAUACGCAGACAGAACAGUUGAAGUACAUACCAACACUGGACCUUCCAAUAUCACUCAUUGAUUAUCUAAUGUAUAGAUAAAAUAUUGUUUCAAGAUAGAAUGUAUUUAAAUUGGUCUUGUUUUUAAAAUAUACUUCAUGUCCUAGAAAGGGAGUACAUAAAAAAAAUGUAACCCAUAAAGAAAGAUUAUAAAUAAACUUGCUUUGAUAAUAAAAAUCUACACCAAAGGGUGAGGCCUUUUUACAAUUUCAAGUGCUGGCUAUAUUUAGAUAAUUUUGCAAGUCAGUGGUUUUUUGUACAGAAAGCAUCAUCAUCAUAUAACACUGUCAUAAUUGACUUUUCCUUCUAUGGAAUCUAUGCUACUUUAAAGUUUUCGUUAAAACAAAGCUAGCAUGUAUGUAGUUUAAUAGACAUCUUAAAAACAUCAACAGCUUCAUCUUACAGCAUCACUUGUUUAAUCUUAAAACAUCACCAACUACAUUUGAUCAUAUGUCACCAACUUUGCAUUACUUUACAUAAUAGGCUGAACAAUAUUGCCUAAUCAUAAAUCCCAUCCAGUCCAGGGGCGGAUCCAGCCAUUUUAA